AUGGAGAAAGAAAGGAUGAGAAAUUUGUCUAUUGUUUCUCAAAGAAGUCAAGAGACUGACAUAGAUGGUCAUGCAAACGUUUUUGGUGAAGAUGAAGCUGUUAAGAGCGUCAAUAUUGUCCAUAAACUUGGAGAGAGAGUGGAUCUAAAAGAAGAGGAAGAGGAUCGAAUGGUUGGGACUGUAAAAUGGCGAUUGUAUUGGAAAUACUUUAGAGCCUCUCUUUCGACUGGUCUUAUUUUUAGCCUUGCCUGCUUCUUCGCUUUCGCCCAAGGUAUGAACAUGACAGCGUAAUAUUACAGUAAUCGUCAUGCGCCUUGGGCGCUGUAAUAGGACUUCGAUGGGACUUCCUGUUUUUGAUUUGUUUCUUUGUUUGUUUUCACGUCUAGAAUGAAAAACGCUAGCAAUAUGUUGUGCUGCUUUUUGAUUUUGUUUUUGUUAUGAUGCACUGGUAAGAGAACUUUUUGUCGUCCAAUUCGGUCUGUAAGCAUGCUCGUAAUUAUACAAAUCAGACUCGUGCUACGAGGUCGUCCGAUUUUGUUGUGGUACAAUUACAGGCAGAAUUGUACUCCACUCAGUUCUAUUUUUAUUAUAAGAUAAUUAAUUAAUUAAUUAAUUACCUUUAUAGUAAACCACUUCUCGUAAACCAAGAAUAACUAGACACCGUUGAAUCAAAUAAAUAAUUUGUUUCUAUGUUGUUGUUUCAGUUUUAUGGAUCGCUCCGUAUUGGUGGGUUUCACGAAUGAUCGACAUGCCAAAAGAAAAACAGAAGGACUAUACCACGCUCCUAGUGUAUGGAUCCAUUGUCACAUUGUCCUUGGUGUUUACAGUUGUAUCCUCAUUUUGCUUUUAUCUGACAGCUUUAAAGGCAUCAGAAAAUCUUCAUAACAAGAUGACUAAAGCAGUUAUUGAAGCACCAGUCAUCUUCUUUGACACAAACCCGGUUGGUCGUAUCUUAAAUCGCUUCUCUAAAGACAUUGGUAGUAUGGACAUCAUGCUUCCUCCACAAUCUCUCACUGCAGUGCUUGUUGUUUAUACUUUUUCAGUGCCACCAUCCUGUCUGCUGUAG